AUGGUGAGAGGCGGCGAUAGCUACGGCUACUCCGGCGACGUGCAAGAUAUUUCCAGCUCUGGUGAAAAGACAAAUCGCAUGGAGCGCCUCGAACAACCCGACUCGGUCGACUACGGCCUGCCUGAGACCAGCUCGCAGCAGCUCUACGACAACGGCGGAGCCGGCUACCAGCCUUCCGACGGUGGUUACGCCGACCAGGGCUGGAACGGACCGGGAUACAUGGGUUUGACACAGGAAGGUCUCCACUUCAGCGGCGAGGUGCCGCACGAGUCACACAUGGCUUUCGGCAACCAGGGGUUCGACAUGUCUAGCACUUUGGUGGGUUCGUUUGGCAGUGUUGUCAGUGAGAACUCCAUGCAAUCUGCGGAAGGCUCACUGCACUCUAAGAUGCUGGACAUGUCGCAUCACGAUGUGAUGCCGCCUCAUGGCAUGUCUCUAAAGAUGGACGGCGGCUCUAUGCCUGGCGAUCCCCCUCGACGCGCCCUUUCUAAGGGUCGCAAGAACAAGGAUGAGGCCAAUGAGCUGGUGCGCCGCGCCAAGUUACUGCCUAAGGUGAUGGGCGUGCGUUACGAUGCCAACCACCAAUACUGGGUUGCGACAUGGUAUCAAAAUCGCAAGCGGAUGGAUAGGUACUUUUCCGUCGGUCGUUUCGGCUUCGAGGAGGCCCGUAUGCUGGCCAUCGACUGCCGCAAGACGGCGGAUGCUGAGGUCGGCGAGAAAAACACAGAGUACUACGGCGGUUCCGACUCGUCUAAGAAGACGAAGGAUUUCAACCGUCUGAACGUUUCCAAGGUUGCACUGAACUAUAUUUUGUCGGAUCUGUGCAACAACUGCCUGCCGAGCAUCCUCGAAAACAACCACAUGCCUGGGGAGCUCUAUAUUCAUUGCUACAACAAAAUAUCCGACCACCUUCAGAUGAUAAUCACGGCGAAUCAUUCUGAGGAGAUAGAGAAGUAUCUGCACCUGUUCCAGUUGUGUAUUCAGAACCGCGUGCUGCCCAGCGCGUUGCAGGUUCAGGAGCAGAGGGCGAUGAUCACCACUUUGUGCCAGAUGUAG